AUGGACCGAGGUUGGAUGUACAAUGUGCCAAGACCACAUCCGUCGUACAUUCGAAAUGUUAGAAGCUUUAUUGAAGCAGCCAACAAGCACGCGAAUAUGCGAAAAAGUAAGGAGAUAUUGUGCCCAUGCAUCGAUUGUGAUAAUAAGGUAGCUUGGAGAGAUACAGGAGCAAUCCAAUCACAUCUGCUCAAAAGAGGGUUCAAAAACAAUUACACGAUAUGGACAGAACAUGGUGAGCUGGAUCCGUGUGAAGUGCUUGGUAAUGAUGAAAGUGCUGUGGGAAUGUUAGCUAAAAAGGAUGGUAAAGUGGAUUCUGUGGAUGCCAAUCAAGAUUUUGUAGAAUUUGAUUGCGAAGACAUGUUGCGCCAUAUGGAUCCAGAAAUAUUGAGUUCUAUGGGAUCACAGAAGAAAGAUCUACCUAAAUUGGAGGGUCUGGAAAGUGCCUCAAAAGAACCUUUCUAUGAUGAAUCAAAGGGCUGUGACAAAGAGUUUACUACACUGUGUACAGUUCUUGAACUUCUUAAGUUGAAGGCUAGCACCGGAUGGUCUGAUACUAGCUUCACAGAUCUUUUAAAUUUUCUGUCCCAACUCCUACCAAAACCCAACAAACUACCAACCAGCACUUAUAAAGCGAAGAAGCUUAUAUCUCCCGUAGCUCUGGGUGUGCAAAAAAUUUAUGCAUGUCCGAACCAUUAUAUUCUGUAUCGUGGCGAGUUUGAGAACGCAACAAGAUGCCCAGUUUGCAAUGUCAGUCGAUACAAGAAGAGCUACAAUCAAGAGUGUGUGAACAAAAUCGCGAAGAUAAAUAGAAACAAGAAAGCCGCUAUCGGACCUGAAAUUGAUGAUGACACUUUUGAUGACAUGGAUGGCAAAAGGAGGUCAAAGAUCCCAGCUUUGGUGAUGUGGUAUCUUCCAGUAAUUGAUCGCUUGAAGCGUUUGUUCUCAAACCCUAGGGAGGCUGAGCUUAUGCGCUGGCAUGCUAAAAGUCGCAAGCAGAAUAACAAACAGAUUCGACACCCUGCUGAUGCAUCACAGUGGAAAACUUUUGAUCAUAUGUAUCCUGAGUUUGCCAAAGAAAUUAGAAAUGUAAGAUUUGCUUUGGGCACAGACGGAAUGAAUCCAUUUGGUGAAAAAAGAAGUAUACAUAGCACCUGGCCCGUGACUCUGACGAUGUACAACCUUCCGUCAUGGUUGUGUCACAAAAGGAAGUACAUUAUGUUGACUAUUCUUAUUCAAGGUCCGAAAGCAGCUGGUGUUGAUAUUGAUGUGUUCCUGGAACCUCUUAUGGAAGAUAUGGUGAAGCUCUGGAAUGAAGGAGUUCGAAUAUGGGAUGAGUAUCGCCAGGAGUAUUUCAACCUAAGAGCAAUUAUAUUUAUUACCAUCCAUGAUUCUCCCGGGGGCGCCACACUUUCAGGGCAAAAGACCAAAGGAAAGAAUGGUUGUGUAGUGUGCGUGGAUGGAACUGCUUCCUUAUACCUUAAAUCAUCCAAGAAGUUGGUGUUCAUGGGACACAGGCGGUUCUUGAUGAAGCAGCAUAAGUACCGAAAGAUGAAAGAGGAAUUUAACAAUGAACUGGAAAGUGAAGGUGCACCAAAGCCUUAUAGCGGGAAACUCAUUUUUGAAAUUGUAAAAAACAUUCAGGUUGUAUUCGGAAAGGGGAAAAAAACAAAGUAG